CGAACGUCACCCAGGUAAACGCAUCUGCCAGAUUAUCAAGCUCAGGCCGGAAUUCUUAGAGGAGUACAAAACCAUCCACAGUGCUGUGUGGGAGCCGGUCCUCAAGAACCUUACCAAGUACCAUAUCGAAGACUAUUCCAUUCACUAUGCGCCUGAGUUUGACUUGUUAAUUGCGAACUUCAAGUACACUGGUGAUAACUGGGAACGUGAUGCUGAAGAUAUGAGAGUGGAUCCGGGCAAUCAUGACUGGUGGAAGGUCACCGACGCCAUGCAGUCUACGUUGGUGGAAGGCUCUACUGGCAGUAGCGAUAAAAAGGGCUGGUGGAAGAACUUGGAAGAGGUUUUCCGUGUUGACCACUGAGUUUCAAUGGAGCGGUAUAAACCAAUUUCUCUCUGGUGUUUGUCUGGAACUGGCUUCACGGACCCUCCUUUCCCAGACUCCUGCUAGACUUAUUCCUGCUGAAUAAUAUUCGGUUUAUUAUAUUUAACUUUAAAAGGUUAUUUCUAAGUCUGUAUAUGCAAAUAUUUACUUCACUUUAGCUCCUCUCCAUUUUUGUAAUGCCAACCUCAGUCG